ACCAUCAGAGUCGGCUCUCCGUCUCUGCCUGACAAAUACAGACACAACAGAGAGAUGCUGAUGCUGCUGCCGCCGCACAGAGAGAGGCCGAGCAGCGCGAUGUACACCAACAUCACAGACAAUGGACAGCCACCAAACUUCCAGCGGGCUUUGUUCCACCAGGUGAUCGGUCCAUGCAAACCCUGCAGCGACCCAAACCUCUCUGUGGCUGAGAAAGUCCUGACCACUCCCAGUAGUUGGAGUUUGGACAGCGGUACCAGAGAAGCCCUCCCUUUCCUUUCCUCCCACGUUGGCAAUGUCAUGGCUCCACCUGUUCCACCACGCAACCUGCCUCAAGGGCAACACCUGUCGAUGCACUUUGACGCUUUCCACCACCAGGUCAGCGACCUCCCUCCAGCUCUCCCCGCGCGCUCUUUAAGAAAGUCUCCCCUGCACCCUAUACCUGCCUCGCCCACCAGUCCACAGUCCAUCCUGGAUGGCAGUAACUCCAACCUGUCAGGCAGCGCCAGCUCCGGAGUCUCCUCCCUCAGUGAGAGCAACUUUGGUGGCCCCGCCUCCUCCUCUGACCCCACCGCCAGCCGCACAGACACCCUGGAGUCCGUCCCCAGCAGCCAGGCUUGGACCACCGACCAGGAGGACCUCGACUCACCUUACCAGCCCGUCAGGUACAGCGUCUCCGAACCUGAAGUCCUGGAUGGAGUCAAGCCCCCGCCCUGCCGCAGCCACUCUGCCCCGGGAGGCGUCACCCCGGCUCAGGCGGGGUCCCAAAUCCAGCCCCAGGCUCCAGGUUCGGCCUCCAUCGGAGUUCAACAAAUGCAGCAGCAGGAUGUGCUGCCGCACCCCCAACACCCCCACUACUACCACCAACUCCACCAUCACUUCCACCCACACUACAUCCCCCACCACCCGCCUCUCUACCACCUCCAUGAGCCUCCGGCGCUGCCCCCUAAACCCUACCUCCGAGAGGGCUGCAUCCCUGAAGAGGACUCCCUGAUCGGCCAGUCUGCAGCGCCUCCACCUCCAGCACCGCGGCCCAUGCCACGCAAGAUCUCCCAGCCCAUAAUCGCAGCCACCAAGGAUGAGCAGGCUAAAGUGGCGUGGGAGCACGGCAUCGGCGAGGAGUAGGACGCCCCCUCAUGGUUUGUAGGGACAGAUAACAAACUCUUCUCAAAAGAGAUAAAGAAAAGACGUGAGAGCGAGAGCCAAACUAAAAACUGGUCAUGAAGUUGAGGGAAGCUCUGAUUCGCCCCCAGCUGUCCUCCAGUUACCACUAAAGGUUUCAGUCUGCUCUCACACACGCCAUCGGGCUAACUUGACCUCUGAGACGUGUUUCCUUUAACCAAACAGUCCUCACGUCACUGCAUCCUGAUUCUUUACUUCUUAUAUGUGCAGACGGGGUUUAACCUGAGAAAAUGCUGCUCAGCUUUUUCACUAAAGUCAUGAUUACACCUGAAACAGAACCCGGGAUUUUACAAAGGGAUUUCUAGUCAAAUAAAAAAAAAACCCUCAAAGAUUUAAAGGCAAACGUCACUUUAAAAACAUUUUUAUUUAUGUACAAAUAAAACCUAUAGACACAGAAUGGUCAAAGCAGGGACGUUAUACUGAAGGAUUAUUUAGAUCAGUGAUUCCUAAAGUGUGGGCUGCUGCCCCUUAGUGGGCUGUGAAGGUACUGCAGGGUGUCCUCCAGAGGCCAGAUUCCAUGAACCUCCAUGAUACAACAUUUUACAACAUCUGGAGUUUAUUUGUGUGGGAAUCUUCACAUAUCCUGAAAAAAACUACAAAGGGACAAACUGCAGGUUUGUGAAGGACUUUCCCUCCUCCCUCGCUGAGCAGACGCAAGAAGCACAACAAGAAGUUAUUUCAUGAGAUUUCACGUUAUUGUCCGUGAUAUAUUCUUUCUGUACUCCUGUAUUUAC